CGACAAGGAUGACGAGGGGAACGGAUGCUCGUCCUCCGUCCUACGGCCUCCAGCCAGUCAAUCACAGCGAUCCGGCCUUUCGCGCCUCUUGGUCUUUUUCUCUUGUCCAUCACAUCUCAUCUCCAGCAAGCAGUAAGCAUCGGUUCGCGCAUCCCCAAGCUCGUUUCUUGGCGCGAUCUGAACUCAACUCCGACAGUCCGAAGCGACAGCCAACCGCCAUCCGCCGCGAUCGACCCUGGCCGAGGCCUCCACCUCCACUCCCAACCUCCACGUCGCUUCGCUCUUUACUCUCAACUCACCACAAUGUCCCAGCGGAUCCAUCUCAACCCCAACCGCGGGCAGCCAGCGUACGCGCCCCCAGCGUACUCGGCGGGCUACGCUCCGGACCCGAUCUCGACCUCACGUCCCGCGAGAUCCGACAAUGAGCUUGUCGCCAAAAUUCAACAGGUGUCGAGCCAGGUCGAGGAUGCAAUCGAGAUUUACUCUCAGCCUAUCCGCCCAUAUGUGCCGGCGCUCGCGCGCUUCCUCAUCGUUGUGACCUUUUUGGAGGACGCAAUUCGCAUCCUCGCACAGUGGGGCGACCAGAAGUAUUACAUCGAGAAGCACCGGGGCAUCCCCUGGGGCCUUAGCCACCUCUUCCUCCUCGUCAACGUUAUUGCCAUGUUGGCUGGAUCGGUCGGCGUCAUCGCCCGUCGCUUCCCCGAGUACUCAGUCGCAGCGCUUCUCUUCGUCGUCAUUCUCCAAGGACUCGGCUACGGCCUUCUUUUCGAUCUCUCCUUCUUCCUCCGCAACCUCUCCGUGGUCGGAGGUCUCCUGAUGGUGUUGUCGGACAGCCUGGCGACCAAGAAAAAGCUCUUUGCUGGUCUCCCCUCCGUCUCCGAGACCGACCGCCGCAAGUACGUCCAGCUUGCCGGUCGCAUUCUCCUCAUCUUCCUCUUCAUUGGCUUCAUCUUCCAGGGCAACUGGAGCAUCGCUCGCGUUUUCGUUUGCAUCAUCGGGCUCGGUGCUUGCAUUAUGGUCGCUGUCGGAUUCAAGGCCAAGUGGAGCGCAUCGUUCCUCGUUCUCAUGCUGAGCGUGUUCAACGUUCUCGUCAACAAGUGGUGGAGCGUCCACCCGGCCCACCCCCAGCGCGAUUUCCUUAAGUACGACUUCUUCCAAACUCUCUCGAUUGUUGGUGGCCUAUUGCUUCUGGUGAACCAGGGGCCCGGAGGCAUCUCGGUGGACGAGAAGAAGAAGGUCUACUAAGUAGAUCGUUACCGACAUUCGCCACUCAUACGCGUUUGCUGGAACCUGGCUAUAGUCUACCAAAUGCACCCAAUAGAAUGCUGCAAUUUCUCUGUGCUGCCGUCUAUGACAUGACCUUUACACUUCCCCUGUGAUGCGAUGGACAGUAAGCAC